AUGGAGGCCCGCGUCCUGAGCUACACGGCCAGCAAGACCUUCUCCAGGAAGAUGAACCUGCCCGACCGGCGCAAUUGGAGCGUGUGCGCUGAGGAUGUGCUGUUCGAGCACGAGGCCGUCAUCUACACAAAGUCGAAGGGGAUUCUGUUCGACUACUACAAUGAUAUCAUUGUCGUUCCCACCAUCCUCACCACACAGGGCUUUCUCAUCAUCUACGCGAGUGUGAACACGGGCUACAUUGUGCAUGUCCCAUCGGCUUCUAUGAUCCAAACGACCACCGAUGUGGAUAAAGACAAUGUGCGUUGCACCCAUGUGAAGCUACGCUACCCCUUCGGCAACGUCCACCUCUGCGCCGCUGAUGGCCUCGGCGCUCACUGGCGCAAUUUGCUGACCGCCGCCCACGAUAAUCGCAUCCAGGACAUCGUUGCUGCUAAGAAGGCUGCCCACGCUCCGGCGAAGCCGCUGAUGGUGAAGGUGGCUGAAGAGGUGGAGGACAAGGAGCCGGAGAGUGAGGACGAGUCGGAGCAGGUCUCCACCUCCUCCUCUUCGCUUUCCGACGUCAACGAGCCGAAAUACGAUUUGGUGGCUCGGCUGAAUAAGCCUCCGCAGAAGUCUGAAGAGGGUGGAGAAGCGAUGACGGCAAUUGAGAAACAAGCUUCUGCCAUUUCGUGGACCUGCACUCAGGCGCCGGAAAUCGAGGAUGUGCGCCCUCCCCCGGUCAAAUGUGAUGCUUCUACUAAUGUCUCGGGCACCUAUGGGAAAUUGAUGGAGACGUUGCGUGAGACCAAGGAACGCCUCAUCAUUCGUCGCUGGACCAAGGCUCAGCCCACCAAGUCGACCCCGGCUGUCACUGAGCCAAGGACCGACUUGGACUUGCUGCCCAUCCGUCAGUCGGAAACGACCAUCUCUUCCAACUCGGGCAUCUUCUCUGACAUUACUGAUAUGGAGCCCAGCUGCUGCCAGCGCUCCGAGCACAACGUCCCCGAUCUACGUGGUCAAUUCGAGUCGAAGCUCACAGUUAAGAAAUCCGAGGAGAAGCUGAAGAUCGGUUUCCCGCGUCGAUUCAACAUUACGAGCAAGCGGGCCGUUGCCAACCAGCUCUCGGUGCACAGCCUGACCGACGUGAAGGAUUGGUACUUCGGGCCCGGGGCCGACCAGAAGCCCGGCGAGUCGAGGGCC